GCUGGACGAACACUGCACAGCUAUGGAGAAUGAAUCAAACACCACAACAUGUUCUGCAUCUACAACUACUAUCACUACCACCUCCACUUCCCGGACACAGCUACCACAGAUAUCUGUCUACAGUGGCUCUGACAGGCAUGCUGUCCAGGUUAUUCAGCAGGCCUUACAUCGUCCUCCUAGCUCAGCUGCUCAGUACCUCCAGCAGAUGUACGCAGCCCAACAGCAGCAUCUAAUGCUGCAGACUGCUGCUUUGCAGCAGCAGCAUUUAAGCAGUACCCAGUUCCAGAGUCUGGCAACUGUACCACAGGCAAGCCUGUCAGGUGGGAGGCAGUGUACUUCCCCCACUGGGAAUGUCACUCAGCAGUCAAGCAUGUCGCAGACCUCGAUUAACCUCUCCACCUCUCCUACACCUGCACAGAUAAUAAGCCGUUCACAGACCUCCAACACCACCAGCAGCAGUAUUACCCAACAGACUAUGUUGCUGGGGAGCACCUCUCCAACCCUGAGUGCAAGCCAGGCUCAAAUGUAUCUACGAGCUCAAAUGCUUAUUUUCACUCCUGCGACCACUGUGGCUGCUGUCCAAUCUGACAUUCCUGUUGUCUCAUCGUCUUCCUCCUCUUCUUGUCAGUCUGCAGCUACUCAGGUUCAGAACUUGACACUGCGCAGUCAGAAGUUGGGCGUAUUGUCAAGUUCACAGAAUGGCCCACCAAAGAGCAGCAGUCAAACUCAGUCGUUGUCUCUGUGCCCUAAUAAACCUUUAACCAGUUCCAAGGGCAGCCAACCAGAUCCUUCAGAAAGCAAUAGAAAAGGCGAGAGCCCAACUCCGGAGUGUCGGAGUACACCAGUCACACGGACAUCAAGCAUACAUCACUUAAUAACACCAGCUUCAUAUUCCCCAUUACCUCAUUCUCUAGUAAAACAUCAGCAGAUCCCACUUCAUUCACCACCUCCAAAGAUUUCUCAUCAUCAGCUGAUACUGCAACAGCAGCAGCAAGUCCAGCCAAUUGCACUUCAGACUCCUUCGGGUCAGGAACCCCCUCCAUCGCAACACUGUCUGCCACUCCCAAGCCAUGGUCUUCCUCCAGGUCCCAGCAGUGUGCAGUCUCAUUGCUCACCUAUUCACAUGCAUCCUCCACCUCUAACACUAUCUCCUACUCCAUCCCAGUCAGCGCAGCAGUCAGUAGUGGUAUCCCCUGCACCUUCUCACUCCCCUAGUCAAUCACCCACAAUAAUUAUUCACCCUCAAGCACUUAUUCAGUCACAGGCAAACUCCCUUGUGCCAGCAGCUCUUCAGACAGAGCACACUGCUCCGCAGCAAACUACUGCCAGUCCAGUUCGGCCAAUUGCACAGCCACUUAAUCUUCCAUCACAUCUUCCACUUCCAUCUUCCCCUGCUGUACAUACAGGGUCAGUAGAUCAGCCCAGCUUAGUUUCCCCAGGCCAACAGAUCGUGCCCUCGACGCCGCACCAGCAAUAUUCAGCCUUGCAGUCUGCACCUAUCCCUCUUGCAGCUCCUCCUCAGCUGUCAACAUCUUCAACCCAGAUUCAACAACUGCCAUUGCAGUCUGUACAGUCUUUACAAGUGCAGCCUGAAAUUCUGUCUCAGGGCCAGGUUUUGGUUCAAAACACUUUGGUUUCUGAGGAGGAACUUCCUGCUGCAGAAGCGUUGGUCCAGCUGCCAUUUCAAACUCUUCCACCACCACAGACUGUUGCAGUAAAUCUUCAAGUGCAACCAUCAGUACCAAUUCAAUCUCCAGUGAUUUACCAAGUGGAGAAUGUAUGUGAAGAAGAGAUGCCUGAGGAAUCAGAUUGUGUCCACAUGGCUAGAACACCUACACCACCCACUUUGUCUCCACCAGCCAUAAACUUGGGGAAUGGAGAGGCACUUAAUUCAGAAGAUCCAUUGUCAGAACAUGGGGGAUUACCUUCAGUGACAUCAUCAGUCAGUGCCUCAGUAAUUAAAUCUCCGUCUGAUCCUUCACAUGCUUCUAUUCCACCACCACCUCUUUUGCUUCCAGCAGCAACAACAAGGAGCAACAGCACAUCAAUGCCCAAUAGUAUUCCUAGCCUAGAAAAUAAACCUCCACAGGCUAUUGUUAAACCACAGAUCCUGACCCAUGUUAUUGAAGGCUUCGUGAUUCAGGAGGGUUUAGAGCCGUUCCCUGUAAGUCGUUCAUCUUUGCUGGUAGAACAGCCUGCAGAAAAAAGAUUGCUAGUGGAGGGUCAGAUCAUGAGUGUUGUGUGUGUUGAAUCAGACUUGCAGAAUGCAAAACAUGCAGACAACUCAUCGGACACAGAGAUAGAGGAUAUGAUUGCAGAAGAAGGACUGGAUGAAAUUGAAAAUGAUCUUCUGAAGUGUGAAUUUUGCGGGAAAAUGGGAUACUCCAAUAAGUUUCUACGGUCAAAAAGAUUCUGUUCCACAUCCUGUGCCAAAAGGCACAGCCUUAGUUGCACUAAGAAAUUUGGGCUGUUUACAUCAGACAAGAGCAGUCGCUGGAAUCGGAAAUCAGAUAGCCAAAGUCUAGGGCGACGCGGGCGUCGACCGAGUGGCCCUGAUGGGGCAUCACGAGAUCAUUUUCUUAGACAGCUUCCCGUUACUUAUCCAUCCCCAGAAGAAGAUAUGGCUCCUCAUGAAGAUGCUGUUCCAGCUGCCAUGACCACCCGUCUGCGAAGACAGAGUGAAAGAGAGAGAGAACGUGAACUUAGGGAACUAAGAAUUAGGAAAAUGCCAGAGAGCAUUGACUUGUUACCAGUGGUGCAAGCUGACCCAUCAGUAUGGACUGUUGAUGAAGUUUGGGCCUUUAUACAUUCUUUGCCUGGUUGUCAAGAUAUUGCAGAUGAAUUUAGAGCACAAGAAAUUGAUGGACAAGCUCUCCUCUUGUUGAAGGAGGAUCACCUUAUGAGUGCAAUGAAUAUUAAGCUUGGACCUGCAUUGAAAAUCUGUGCACGUAUCAAUUCAUUGAAAGAAUCCUAGGGGGUGAACAUGAAGGUUUAAACAACAGUUUCUCAGUGACAGAACUGACAGUAACACACCAACGUCUUCACUGUGGCAUGAGUGUUACUGUGAUGUUUUGUUAAAUACAUGGGGGUUUCCCCACAUAAAGACUUUAAAAUGUACUUUUGAUUAUACCAGGUUUAUACUCCUAUACUCCGUAGUUUCCAACAAUUAAUAGGUUCAUGGUAAACCCUGAGUAAUACUUUGAGUUGAAGUGGUAGUUCAUGGAAAAACAUGAAGUGAAAUAUGCUGUGAUAGGUUAAAUAUUCCCCAACAUGUACUUUAUAAGUUUAACACCCCAGCACCCACCCCAGCCUAAACACCAUUUAAAUUGUGUUGCUGUAUUCUGAAAGAUUUUUGCCACAUACAGCAUGUUUUGGACUGAAAUAACAGAAGUGUCCACAGACCUUGUGGAAGUACUAAUAAUGGUAAAAUGCUAUGCAUUCAGUUGUUUCUUUUAGUCUCGAGUAAAUUGUAAGGGGUAGGUUGGCAGCUAGUUUUCCUUGUGUAGGCUUACCCUCAUCUCUGCCACUGUAGUAUUUUCCUGAAGUCUGGAAAUACUGUAAACCAUGUAGACACCUCAUCAAAAUCCUCAUCAUCAGGCUACUGAAAUGCAAUGGCUUAACACUCUUGCCAGAGGUAACUGAAGCACAUGUUACUUUACUCGUUGUAUGCUGCUAUGCACUGAGAGGGCAUUAAAUUGUUAGGUUUGUAGUUCUGCAUGCUGCUAGUUAAACUAGACCAGCAGUUCUCAAAUGGGGGUUCAGAAUGGAUCCUGAGAAGGUGUGAGAACACUCAGGGUUCAGGUUCCAAAAUGCCUAGGUGUGACCGGCUGAAAACUGCAGCCAGAAUUAACUCAUGUUGAGACAAGCGUACUUCAAAGACUGGAGGUAGAGAAGGGAUGGCAUAGCUCAGAUGCUCUUUUUCUUGAUACCUCUUCUAACUUGUCUUUCUCUGUAGUGCAUUCCCAUUGCCUCACUGGAAGCUUCCAAGCACCUUUUAUUUGUCCACUGGCCAGCAUGAGCUGGGCUUGCAGUAGUCUGAGGAAGGAGCAUGGUGAGUUGCUCUUUGAGGUCCCUUCAGAGCUGGGUGUAGGAGUGGCUGCUGCUCCAGUGAGGGAGCCUGGAGCGAGCUAUGGGUCAGCAGGAGUGCUGUCCCUAGGCAGCUCUGGGGGAAAUCUCUGGGGGCCCUGCUUUGUCCUUCUAGCAGGAGAUUUCCAUGUCAAUGCUGCAGCCCCAGGCGGUGGGAUUUUAGUGUCUCCAUCUUCCCUCUCUUGCCUGCUGUGUAGAAAAAAUAUGAAUUUCCCCAGUUACUGACACUCUCAGAAGCUGCUUGGGCUCUGAGGCAGCAGCACCUUCUCAGCUUUUGCUUCCCAUCAUAUGUGUCUGGAUGUUCAUGGAUGUAUUUUGUACCUUCUGUUCCCUCCCUUUUGCAGCUCCACUCCCCAUAUGUACAGACCAAGAUCCCUAAACAGGGAAAGAAGGGCACAUGUGCUGAUAAAGUUGUUGUGUAUAUUUGAAUUAAAUAUGUGUAUGUGUCUGCAAAUAAUGUAUUUUGUAUUUUAUGCAAAUUAAUGCAUAAUAUAUGAUUGUGUAGGAAGACAUUCAGGGUGACUGUAAAGUAUUCCUGAAAAGGAGUAACUGAUCUAAAGUGUGAGAACUGCUGACCUAGAUCAAAAGGAGUCAAUGCACAUACACUGGCUGAAAGGAAGGUUUACGACAGGUAGAUUAAUAUGUAUAUUACUUAACUGAUGACCUUAGAGAGUAAAUUGGGAUUACAGAAAACUCUGUGCUUCAUUUUCCUUUAAUUAGACUCUUGCUUUGUUUCUACUAACAAACUUUCUACUGUUAUCUUCCAGAGAUGAACACUAGAGUCAUUGGUUUUAAUUACAACUGUUUGAGCUUACUAACAGCAGGUGUUCUUAAUAAUUUAUUAACCACUGAAGCUCCAAGUUAGGAGAACCCAUUGCUGUUACAUGCUGAUAUGUAGUGAGAGCCUUAUUAAAAUGGCACCAAAGGCUGUAGAGAAUUAAUUGAUGUCUGGGUUUAUUUUGGAGGGAAGUUGCUAAGCACUUUCUAAUUUGUUUUCUCUGUCUUCAGUUACUGUUGUAAAAUAAACUUCAUAGCUGAAGGUACAACGUUUGGCAAUGUUCAUUGGAAAGAUACUCAAAUGAUGGAGGCAGUAGGUUCCCAUUUGUAGCAUUUCUGUAAGAUAAACCAUGUAGCAUAUCUGUAACAUACAUUCUAAAGGAUAUGUUCUGUUUUAAUGAGCUAAUUGAAGACUAAAGAUAUCUUAGAUACUUAUUCUUUGGCUUUUGUCUUAAAGUUAUAUUAUUUUUAUAUGAAAAUUUCACUGGCUAAUUUUUAAUCUGUCUUCUGAUUGUACUGCCCCUUGGCAAUGUAAAAAGCAAGUACACAUAAAUGUGAUUUGGUAAUGGCUUAAGGCAUAUUUGGAAACAUGAACUUAAGUCUUAUUUAGACCUGCAGUUAACCACAGUGUUACAUGCAUGAAAAUUUCACAGCUGUUCUAAUUUGCUUUAUUAGACAGCUUCAGGAGACCUUCUACAGCUAGUGCUUAUGUACAACUCUUGGACAUAAUCACUGACAGAUGCCAGGAGCUCAGAGGAGACCUGAUUAAUGCACAUCUGUUCUGGUUCUUCUGGUACGCUACACUUCCCGUGGUUUUGGGAGAGCCACAGAUAGUGAGUUAUGCUUUAAAUAUUCAUGAAUGCAGCAACUAAGAAUGUGGGCCUUAUGUAUCCUCAAAGCUCUUUCUCCUUCACUGAUUUUGGCAUUAAACAGGAACUUACAAGCAGACACAGUUGCACUUACCUCUACUGAUAGAAAUGCAUGGGUGUUGGAGUGGUAGCCAGUAGAGCUGUGUCAGUAAAAUCAGUUUUAAAAAAUGCCACAGCUGUACGUGCAAGUUGCAAGUACACUGGAAAACUUAAGUGCAACUGAAGUCUACAUCAGAAGCUUUUGAGUUUACUCAGAAAAGCAAUACAAUACUUGGAGUAAUAUUCCUCCAGAACCAUUGUACAUACCAGUCACUUGUUUCUGUUCAGAUCCGUGAGGCUUUCCCAGGCUUAUGGGACCAUUUCCCAUGGCUUUCCCCACAAAUUAAGCUAGGCACUCUUGCAAAGAGGAAGUAUUGCAGAUUUUAAUUGAGUAUUUUUUUUUAUCACUUGCUUCUGCUGAGUGUGUCUGCAAGAAAUCCUGUUAGCUUUAUUUCCUGGGGUUUUGUUUUUUGUAUUCAGACUGCUGCUGUUGCGGGCUACAUCUCGUGCUAAUCCCUGCAAUAUUUCAAUUCCUAUAGAAAGGACUAUAGGAUACUGUAGGAUCUUAGCUCAAAGGGGAGGUAUGUUGGAUGGCUUUUUCCCUUUUUCUCCACUGGUCUCCUUCCUAAUCAGCUCCUUAAUGCAGACUGCAGAAUUAGCUCAGGGUAAAAACCCUUUGGCAGAGCACUAGGUGGAAUGUGACUGUAAGGAUCUCUUCCAGGAGAGUUUUAACUACUACACUUGUCUUGGCUUCAGAGUUUAUUUUUUAAAGAAAUGCACCUGAAUAGCAAAAUGGGUAUGCAGACUCCUCUGCUUAAUCUAGUUUUUAUCACUCAGCAACCCUGCUUUGCAGCAGAAGCAGAGCACUCUUGACAGGGAAGCUCAGCCACCUCCUCUGGGAGCUCCAGGCUGCUGCUUCUUCAAAAACAAGCAUUGCCUCACAUUUGGCACAUUUAUAAGACCUUUAUCACCUUUGCUUAUAUUGAGAGUAAAAAAAUAACCAUCUUGCCAAAUUAAACCGCCAUUUGUCUUGGAUCACCAGGGUUUUCAAGGAGACUGCAUUGUAUAUCCAUCCUUUACCUGUUAAUCCAGCAUACUUUUUUUUCCAGAAAUGAAGCUGUGUUGAUGGGGAGGGUAAAACUUUUGCUAGAUUUGUGUCAAUGAGGUAUCUCAGAUAGAAAUUUUAUAUUCUGCAAGCAUCUAUUUCCCCAUUUCUUUCCUGUGAAAGCAGUUUUUUUCCCCCAAUUUCUUUUUUGACAAAUCAUGAGUGGGAAUCCAGCCUUCUUGGUAGAACAGAUAGUCUGCAGGUGUGGCAGGAAGGGUAAAGGAAUGGAAUAAAAGCAAGUAUUUGAGCAGGUUUAUGACAGCUUUUGUGUAACUUCUUUACCUUGAUCUUAGCUGUAAGGAAAUGUUCACAUAUAAAACAAUUUUUUUUUUUAUGUAGUAAGACGUUGCUGGGUGUAGUGUGUCACUGCCUGGCAUACCAGUUAAAACUGCUGCCAGUUUCAGAUGACGCUUCUCAUCUUAAUACCACAAUACUGAUACACUUAUAUAUGUACUGAUACACCACACACUGAUGAACUUACAGCUCAAUAGCUUAAGAAAUUUCUUACACAUUGACAAAUGUGAUCAAAGAAUUCAAUGACAGCUAUAUUGCAAGUCCUGGUUCUGCAAAUAAUUAGACAUUCACAUAAUUUAUAACAAGAAUAGUUCUCCUGAUUGUAUUGAGACUAUUCAUACCAAAAUUAAAUGUGUAUAACCGUUUGCGGGGUAUUUUCUUAGCAGUAUUGCAUAGAAAUGUCACAUAUUUGGUUAAGUGACAAUUCUGUAUCUAGACUUUUACUCAUAAAUUGCUCUAGGUUGCAGAUAAUGACUCUGCAGAGGAAUCAACUUAGGAUUUUAAAUAUUUACCCAUAUUAAUUUAUUAGACAUGGAGAGAAACUAACAUUUUAAAGUAUUUAAAGACACAGUUUCUGUUGAAUGCCAAGUAGAACAGGUAGGACGAAGCUAUAAAUGUGUAAUUUCAAUGUCGGGUAUAGUAUUUGCUUGUAGUGAAUUAAUUUCUGAAAAUGCUUUUUUGCCUUGAUGGGUAUCAUCUAUGUUGGUUGGAGUGUUUUGUCCUCUACUUGUCUCCAGGGUCUCAUGCUCAUCGCUGCCACGUGUAUUCAGGGCCCCAUCCUAGAGCCACUCUGUAGGUUUUUGUAACCUCUGCACUGAAACUUGCACACGCCCACUCAUUCCCUUGAAGGUUGCGGGUAUUAUUUGCUGAUCACUUACAGUGAUGUGGAAGGAAAAAGAAGGAAAUAGGAGAUAUGUAGUAAGCUCACAGUCUACCUUUUGUAACCACUGAUGUAACUUUUCCAAAGCACAAUGACAGGAGUAAGUGUUACAAACAGAUUUCAAGUUAAAGAAUGUUAAAGCUUCCUGCUGAAUUAUCCCAAAUUACUGUGCACAAUAAGGAGCUAGAAAAAGGAGAUCUAAAGGGAUUUUUUUUCCAUCUAGAAAGUAUAAUUUCAGCAGAACUGUACAUUCGUAGUGAUGAUAAAUAUCGUUAAUGUGUAACAUGAAACACAGCAUUUUAAUUGGGUGUAAAAAGCACUGUAAUAUUCUGUAAGGUUGUCAAAAGGCUUACAGUAUUGGUUGUAGAUACAAAAGCAUGUAUGCUUGCUAUUAUGGGAUUAGGCUAAAACACAAAUAUAAUUGAUUCAUGAAGCGUAUCUACUUUGUGAGUAAAGCCAAGUCAGCCUAUGGUAAGGCUUGUGCAUUGUCCUCAGCCACCUGGGUAGUGUGCUAGCAGCCAGGACGCUGCUGUCCUCUAGCAGCUUUGUGCAAAGUUGGAUGUUUGAAAAAACAAUGAGGUAUUAUGCACACUCAGGCUCCUUUUUAAGUAGUCUUUGUGUCACAGUGUUAACAAACCAGUAUUGAUCAGGAAAGAUGUGUGCAAAGAAUGAAAAGAUUUAUUAAUGAGUGCCAAAUACUUCUAUUUAGGAUUGAAAAGGCAUAGAAUAUCUCAUUAAAAUUAAUGUGUGGGGGGUUUUUUAAGGGAUCCUUCACAGGAGAAAAGUACAGAAGUUCCUCACAAAGGGUUAAUACUUUAGCUGCUGUUGCCAUUAAUAUCAAAUAAUCCUAUAAGAAUUAAAGACUAAAGUGUUUGAAUUGUAUAAGGCCAUUAGAUACUGGCUCAGCACAAGUAAUGUACUGAGGAGAUAGCUCAGUGGUUGUCUGUAGUUGUUUCCUAGCAUGGCUUCUCUCCUCUUUCUGUCUGGCAAUGAAACUGAGAUCCUGUUGUAGAGAGUAAUGGUUUAUGGUUAUAUGGCUGGACUCAGGGUUCUCUUAGGACUUCCCAGAAACAGACAAAAGAAAAUGCACAGAGAAAAGACUAAGUUAUUAGGAAGGAUCUCCCUCUACUAGAAAAUCAAGGAUAAAAAUGGGCUUACAAGGAGAGCUGCUAUUAAUAUAUUUUGAAAUAGCUACUUAGCAAGCUUAGGCACCACGGCUGGAUGCUACGUGAGGACCUGCAGUGCCACUACAGCCAAAAGGUUUCCUCUUCGGCCCUUCUUCCCCAAGGGUAUGGAAGAAUGGAUUUGAUAGUGAUACAGUGCUGUAACAUCACUAUGUUAAUAUUUGCUUUAGCUGCAUGUUACGACUUCCUUGUAAAAGCUAAGAUUUUAAAACUUUAAAAUGGCUUUAGAAGCACUGUAGCAGCUAUGGGAGUUAAGCCACAGCAAGAUAGAUGGGGUUGUGCAAACUUUAAUUAGGGGUUGAUAAGCCGGACCACACUGAUAAAUAACGUCAGCAGCCUUACUCAGCUGGAACUGCAAGAAGUGCAUCACCCACAGACCUUAAUGAAUCAGAACAGUGAGACCAACCACACAAAACAGAAGCAUCUGAAGUGUUUUUGAAAGUAACUUUCCCUUCAUCUGGUGUUAAAUUAAUUUUAGAUUAGGAGUUUUCCCUUGCCUGUCAAGUCUGUAGGGAUUAGUUAUUUCACUAUCUGCAGUGCCUGGUGCAUUGCUGUAUUUGAGAUAUUUGUCAGUUUUUAAAUAGAACUAGGUUUUAUGAAUAUUUUGUCAACCCCAUUUCAGUGGGUGUCCAGUUCAUACAAAACCUAAAGAAAUCCUAUGUCAAAAAAAUGUAUUUAGACAUGGCUUAUCCUAUAGCAUCUCAAGUGCUAAAUAAUAGCAGUUGCAAUUUGAGAGAACGGCAAGCGGUUUCUUAAGGUUGCUUUUUCAUGUUAACAUUGUCUAUUCUUUCCUGCUUUUAACAUAGAAUUUUUGCCAAAUAUAUUUUUCAGCAAAAAAGGACGAAAUAAUCGGUGGUGCCAAGCACUGCGAGCUAUGUUUCUAAGCAUUGUCUCCUCUUACUGCGCUAGUUUUAAAAUCCAGUUUGUGAUCAUCUAUUAUCCUUUCUAUGGCCUUUUUAACAGAUUUUACCCAAUCCAUUUUCUACUCCUUAAAGUUACAUCACCGAAACCUCAGAGAAAUUUACCACAGACUGUGGGUGAAAGAAGCACUAUGUGGGGUGAAGUAAUAAAUCAGAAUGGCAACUGGACUUUGAUAUAUUGCGAAACUGUAAGACUAAUACAUGAAUGAGAUGUGAUUGUGCAUUUACGGAGUGAUAUACUGGAAUAUUCUUUUCUAGGAAAUUUUAGCCCAUGGAGCACUAAAUUCUACAGGUAAAUCUUAUGUCUCUAAUUGAUACAUAGUAAUGUACAUUAUAACCACAAAAUGAAAUUUUACAGUUGAAGAGUACAUGGUGAACUAUGUAAAAACAGGAUCUUCACUUUGGGAAUCUUCUUUUGUAAAAAAAGCACUUUCCUAUUACCAACUGGCAUGUGAAUGAAUUUUAGAUUCUCUCCUUUGUUAUGAUCCUGUAGAAGUGAAAUCUCUUUAAUCUGCCUGUUAAUGGAUAAAUCCAUCAUACAGAUGUUGAAAAAAAGCACCUUAUACUAUGCUGCUUGAACUUGCUUGUACUUGCACCUUUUGUUACCUGCAGAUUUUUCUUAAUGAGUAUUCUUGUGUGAUACCAUUGUUCCCUGUGGGUCUGGGUGAAGGAUUAACCAACCUGCAGCAUCAGUUACUUACAGUUUCUAUUUCAAUACAACAGUGUAUUGUAAAUUCAGUGCUUCAGAAAUAAAUGCUACUUCCAUUUGUCUGGU